AUGAAUGGAUAUAUGGAAGAACUGAUCACUAUUUCCACACCUUAUCGACAUGAUGUUCAGGCUGCGGAGCGGAUAUUCCGCAAAGUGGUACACCCAGGACUAGAUUCCAUGAGGAUUGUGGACAGGAAUGGAAUGUCCAUAACAAGUGCACCAUCAGGGUACACCAAUUACCUAAGAAAUAAGGCCUUUACGCUGAGCCCACGUGGUGUACCCACCAGGAUUUCCAACCAUGUAUAUAGUGGGCAGCACACACACAUUGCCAGAUAUGGUUCUUCUGUACCAGGAUCUGAUUCACCUGAAAUGUAUGUCAUGCAGGCUAGCACUGGAGUGAAAUCAGCCAAGGUUAACCGGCCGUACACGCAUUCCUCCAUCCUGCCCUCGAGAAAGCGUGCCAUGUCCAACACCUCUAAGGCCACUCGUUCUAUGCAGACUUCCAGAAGUACCUCUAGCCGAAAUACGACCAUGCCGGGAGAGAAACGCCACAUGAAGUCUGCUCAUAGUGAACAUUGGAACAAAAGUGAACAAGGACAGCGUCUCAACCGAGAAUGGUCCAGUGUCUCCGACAGUCGUGCCCUCAAGAGGUCGUCAGAGAUUGUGUCACACCGAGUAGAUCGUAUGUAUUUCAUGAAUGGCAGCAAUAUCCGACUCCAGCCCAAGUAUCAUGUGGAUGAGGAAGAACUGAUGCAUCUUCGUGAAGUUUCAAAGUCUCGCCAGAGUACACAACAUCCACGGAAGAUCAUACGACCCAGUGUGAACUUUGAGGACAACUACCUGGAAUCUGUACGUAACUCCUCGCCAUCUCAGUCCAAUGAGGAUGUCCAUCCCCUGUCCAAUCCUCCAGGUUCAUCCCCUGUCAUGUCUUCAACCCCACGCCCUAUGUCUAGUUGUCAAAUGUGUAACCACAGCCAAAGCAAGCCAGUUCCCAAGUCAGUCAGUGAGGAAUCUGGUAUCCAGGAUGACGACUGGCAGGAGGAGGACAUUGAAGUGGCCAAUGGAGAGCCAGAGGUCUGCUCAGAGAUGGACAGCUCCAGACCAAUAAGUAAGGUAGAUAUUAAACAUCUACAAGUUCAGGAUGGACCUAUCAACAUUAUAGACAUCUUAUCUCAUGGUGAAAUGCAAGCCUUGGGAGACUGUAUGGUGAAACUUCUCGAAAGUUACCCCCAGAAAAAGAAAGUGCGUACUACAGAUGAAGAUUGGAUUUUCAACACGCCACUGAAGAACCAAAGAAUUCGUAAUAAUAGAAGAGUUUCUGGUAACCCAAAGGUCCACAGUCAACACAAUAAGAACAUCUCCCACUCAGCACCUCUUCCUAAAAGUGCACGUAGCAAUGACUCCAGCACCCUCAAACUGGACAACUUGAUGCAGAAAUUUCCCAGGAGAAGACCCAGUGCAAGGUUAAAGAUGUCACAAACCACAGAGCCUGUAGAAUGUGAUUGUCGUAAAUCUCUUGGAGGGGGAUUAUCAUUUAAAAUCAAUGGCACACAAUCACCUAUCUUCAUAAAAGUUCCAUCCUAUUGA